AUGGUCCAGAAGUCACUCGGUGACUCUGGCGACGGAGUUGUCGUCGAGGAAUUGUUGAGAGGCUACGAAAUCAGCAUCUUGACCUUUUGCGACGGGCAAAAUUUCAAGUCGCUCCCACCUGCUCAGGACCACAAAAGCAUCUUCGACGGUGACAAAGGUCCCAAUACUGGAGGAAUGGGCUGCUACGCGCCCGUCGAUGUUACUGAUGCGAAACUUCUAGCCGACAUUGAUGACACUGUUCUUGCGCCGACUUUCCGCGGCUUGAGUGAGGAAGCUGAACCCUUCAUCGGAUGUCUGUUCACUGGUUUCAUGAUCACCGACUCUGGUCCAAGGGUUCUGGAGUACAACGCCCGUUUCGGUGAUCCCGAGACCCAGGCUUUGCUGCCGUUGCUUGACAGUGAUACGGACCUGGCCCAGGUGAUGCUUGCAUGCACUCAGGGCAAUCUUUCGUCCGCUAGGGUCUCUGUCCGCUCUGGGUAUUCUGUAGCCGUCAUUCUCGCCUCCAACGGUUAUCCCGGAACCUACCAGACAAAUAAGCUCAUCACAAUCAAAGAGGGAGGACACGUUUCAAGGGAGGAAGCCACUCUCUUUCACGCGGGCACGAGGGAAAUUGAUGGGUCCCUUUACACCGCUGGUGGCCGAGUCAUGGCCGUUCAAGCUCUCGGCGACAGUCUCCAAGAAGCCCUCGACACGGCAUAUGCAGCCGUCCAGGAGAUUAGUUUCGAUGGCAAACAUUUCCGAAAGGAUAUUGCUCAUAGGGCCAAAUUUAUAUCAACCUGA